ACCAAAUGUCCAACUCAUCUAAUUUUCCUUUUAUUACUCGUACGAUUUUAAAGUCAAAGCCAUCAUUUCAUUUUUCUCAAUUAACCAAACUACAAUAAUGUCCCAAUCUUCUUCUACCACUUUCUUCUUCUCCAUCUUCCUCACUUUCCAUUUACUCGCCAAAGCACCCAUCUCCAUGGCCAAUUCGGGUUUACCCGAUCCGAAACCGGAUCCUGUUCAGACCCAGUCAUUCUUACCCGCCACCGCCACAUCAACGAUCCCAGCGUUCCCGGAGCAGAGUGACGCCGGCACCUGCCCGCUGGACCUCCCGGAGGAUCUCUUCCGCGGGAUCCGAUCAGCCUGCGGGUCGGGCCGUCUCCGGAGGAUCCGGUGCUGCCCGGUUCUCGAAGCCUGGCUCUACUCCGCGUACUCAACAACCGCCCUCCGCCGGGCCAAGGCAAAGCCUCCGACGGCGCUCGACAUGCCCGUCCUCCCGGACGACUCCGAGACCUGCGUCAGAUCUCUCGAGAACGCCCUCGCGGCGAGAGGGAUUGAAUUGGCGAAACCUAACCAGAGCUGCGAUGUGCUGUACUGUUACUGCGGGAUUCGCCUCCACCAUUUCAGCUGCCCGGAAGCUUUCUCCGUGAAUUCACGCGGGGAACUGGUUGGGGAUGAGAGGGUGAAGAGGCUGGAAAGAGAUUGCUUGAGCGGUGGUUCUGCGAGGGGACAUUCCGGCGCCGCCGGCUGCUCCAACUGCCUGAAUAGUUUGUACAUGCUGAAUCAAUUCAAGGGCAAAAAAAGACCGAAAUUGCACAUGAGGGUUAGCUCUACUACUACUACUACUAUGAAGUAUGGAGCCAGCAACCGAUCGGAUGUGGAGAGGGGGAACAAAAUGCGCGCCAGAGAUUGCCGGGUGAUGGGUCUAACAUGGCUUUUGAACAAAAACCAGAGUGCUUAUAUUCCCACAGUCACCUCAGUUCUGAGGGCUCUCAUGGUGAGCGCCGAUCCCCUGUCGUGCACCCUAGACCACGACGGUAUGCCUCUCGCGGUCGACUCCUCCGAACUCGGCGAUCAAUCUUCGUCCACCGCUCCCCAUUUCCCCACUGGUUUUGCUCUGUUUUUUCUGACUUUUGUGUUGUACUACCUCCGUCCCACUGUCUUUGUCCACAUUUGACUUUAUGAACUGUUCAUCUAAGCACUUUGACUAAUCAAAUUCUUUCAAUGUGUAAGCCUAAAAAUAGUCAUGUGUGAUCUUGUUUGAUUCGUCUUAACAUAUAGACUAUUAAGAUAUAAUUUCUAUAAUUUUUUAAUAUACAAAUUACAAGAUAAAAUGGAUUAAAGAAGUGCAUUGGAU